AUGUACCUUGAUCAAGCAGGAGAUACAUGUGAGCGGACGCGUUGCCGGAGCUUUUGCGAGAUCUUACAAGAUCCGACUGUCCUUGUACCCGAGGCCAACGCUUGGCAGGAGGAUCACGGCUACGCAUGGGAGUCUCGAAAUCGCUUCCGUGCUAUGCUAGAAGGUAUGGACGAUACCAAAAUCAUGAGCACUUUCAGUCCUUUGUCUGCCCGCAGGUACAAGGCUGCUCUGGCUUUCGUUGCUGAGGGCGAUGAGGUCAAGGGGCUGAUUUCUGAGCUUUGUAUCACGACGAGCAAUACGCCAACUGGUCCGGAAAUGCUGAAGUUGAGGACCACACUUGUGGACUCUAUGAUCUAUCUGCCGGAAGCAUGA